AUGACUCUAUUUCCAAACUAUAUUUAUUCAUCUAUUAUAACCAGUAUUUCUGCUUAUUUAUACACCAAUGAUAGCAUACCAUUUGAUGGCAAUUCGAAAAUAUGUUAUUAUAAUAAUGAAGUUAUUGGUUAUAGUUUGGUAAGCAAGACAUGGUUUCAAAUAACUUCAAAAGUAUUACCAAAUUUUAUUAACCAAAAUAAUAAAUAUUUAAAUCAUUUGAUUCAACAACAUCAAGGCCAACAAUAUAAAAUAAUAAAAUUAUCAGACUCUAUUAAAUAUUUUAAUUAUAAUGAUUAUUUAAAUCACAUAAGCCAACCAGCAAGCAAUAACAAUAAUAUUAAUUUAAAUGAUUAUAGAAAAAUAAUAAUCAACACAGAGAAUUAUAAUAACAGUAAUAAACUACUUCAGAGUAUCAAGAGCUUUCCAAAUAACAUUAGUUUUACAAUACCAGUUUCACCAAGUAGUUAUUUAACACUUUCACAAAAACUAGAUUCAGAAGAUUUCGAAAAAAUUCAAGAUAUAGAUAUAAUUACCACAAACUUAACAGAAUUGUAUAAAGUAUUAAAAACUGAUAUAAAAGAAGUUAGAUGUUUUCAAGCUGCAAACCAGAGAUCCUUUUUCAUUAUUGCAAUAGAGUUUUUUAUUGAUAGUUCCGUUGCCCAACGAUCAACAAUAUUGGAUUUGCUUUUUGCAAAAGAAAUGAAGCACGAUUCAGUUCAAAGUAUCUAUAGUGGUUCACCAUCAUACAAAUUCGGGUCAAAGUUAGAAAAUCUUUAUGUUUAUUAUAGUGUAGAAGAUAUUUUUGGUAAAAUAAUGGAUGAAGGGCUAACACCAGAGGAGGCUGAAAGAAAGUGGUACUCGAUUAUGAAUGAAUUUUCAAAUGACAGGACUAUAAAGUAUUUAGAAAUAAAGCAUUUCUGCUCAGGUGAAUGUGUUUGUCAUAUUAAUAAUAUCAAAGUGGAAACAAUUGUUAAGGGUUUUCAAUCUUUACUAUCAAAUCCAGCAAACUCAUCUAUAGAGGCUUUAAAUUUAGUAUCAAAUAACCAAUAUGAUGAAUAUUUUUUCCAAGGUUUAGCGAAAAAUAAAUCAAUUAGAGACCUCUCGGUUCAUUACGUUAAUAUGGAUAAUAUCAUUACAAAGGUUUUACCAUACAAUAGAGCCAUUAGAAACUUUAAAAUCAAUUCAGGGGGAAGCUUCGAUAAUACAAUCAAAUCUUUUAACACCAUUCGGUCCCAAUAUCCAGACCAAAUCGACCUAUACUCUAUAACAGUGUCAGUAUCAGGACAUACAGAGUCUAUAGAUUAUUUUUUAGAUUAUUUAAAAGAAAAUUCUUUGCCAGUAAGAGACGUUUUUAUUUUACUUGAUUCAUAUGGAUUUGAUGAUGAAGACAGUAUUUCUGGAAAUAUAUUUUCAUACAAAUUCAAAACAAAAAAUACAUUUAUUAAUGUCAUUUCAAAUUCAAAAUUAAAAAAUAAAAUAAAUUAA